GUCACUCGAUUUUUGACACGAUUUCAUUCAUUUAGAAUGACUUUUUGCCCCGUUUUAUUCGUCGAAUCUCUACAACUACCACUGGUAGUUGAUAUCUGAGCAUGCAAUAAGAGUAUAGAUUGCCAAACGAGGCCUUAGUGAGAGUUAUUUGAUCAGCAAUUUAGAUAAUUGUGCAAACACAAUGUGUGUAAACAAACGUCACCUUGGGGACCAGAGAUUUCAAUAGCCUGCCAUUUUGAAUAGUAAUCGGUGCCACAUUGAUCUAGACGGUCAUUGGCAUUGGUUAGGAACGAUUGCUAAGUUGUGAUAAGGGUUUACUGUAGGCUAUGUGACCACGGUUUGUGCUGUGUACCGUUUGUGGGGAUUCUGAUGGGAGGAGGACAACAGGACCCUUGUUGAUUUGUUGAGUUGACAAUGUCGAGCAAGGAUCAAGGGCCGACCGCAAGAUAACGUGGAUGGUGUCAUAGUUAUUAUCAAUUCAUGAAGAGGAGGAUAACAUUCUCACGAUGAAUUAUAUCAAAACAUUAGUGCAGCAUCGUUAUAGGAUACUCUUUUUUUGGGUGUUUUUAAACUGAGUGUCUUUCCAACUCCUUCAAAUUAUGAUGCACAAGUUGCAGGCACUUACCUCAAGAAAUUCGUAUGUAUUGUGAUGAAAUGAUUUUGAACACAUUUCUAUCAUAUCACUUAUCACUCUCUCAUUCCUAAAAGUGUAAGCUAUUUUACUUCAUCAGCCAUCAUGAUUGAAGUUUGUCAAAUCAACCAGGCUCAGACUGCUGAAAUGAAACAUCCAAGUAGAAACUGUGAACCUUUCGAGUUCAAUAUUGGAAAGGCAUUUGAACUUCGCUGUGUUGAAAGUGACAAAGCAUUGACUUGUGGAGAUUGCGAGUCAUGUCGAUUGGUAAAAAAACUUAACCAAGCAAAACAGUGGUUCCCUCGAUUGGGGACGCAAUCACAGAGGAGAUUCACUUUGGGACUUGUCCGUCGAUUUCAUAGUGUGGAUCUCUUGGAAUAUAUCUGGAGUAUUCUGCGGCCAUUGACUAACAAAGAUUUCACAUAUUCACGCUCAAGAACGCAACCCUCUGUUGACGGUGAUCAACCAACGGUCAGCGGAGACAGAGCGCUAAAUCUUGCAGAGUUAGAAAAUGAGCUGUCUCAAAUGUUUGACUGGUUCAGACAAGCUAACUAUUGGACCAAGUGUAAUUUCAUGAUGGGAAUUAUGCAGGACUGCGAUCAACAUCUUCUCUACAGUAUUGCCCAGCAAGCAAAGACUCUUCUCAUAUCUGAGAAGAAGGCUAGCAUUUCUUUUGCCAACUAUACAGAAGCGGGGAGUAUUGACACCACACAUUACUCCUACGACACUGAGGACCAUCCAGAACAUGACAUGUUACGCAGUGCCAGCGUCGGGUACUCGACAAUCAAGACCGACCCGUUCUCAGACAACUACCAGGAUGUGGAGGACGAAAUCAUCAACGAUGACAGUGGGUCGGAAUCUUUUGGAGAAGACAUUGACGAUGGCCUCUCAAAUGUUAGCUCAAUUGACCCUGCUUGUAUGGUUGUGCCGACGUCUGCGAAAGCAUUUGUCGGUGUCACGAAACGCAAGGAUAUCAUCCGUGCCUUACCAGUUCAUAUCUCAAAGUACGUCUUGAGUUAUCUUGAUCAAGUAUCGCUAACGAACUGUCUGUGUGUCUCUAAGUAUUGGCGUGUGUUGGCGGAGGAGGUAACGAAAGAGUACUACGUCAACCAGCAACUCUGGGAGGAUGUAAUGAUCAUGCAGGGUGCUGCUGCUCAAUCGGCCAAUCCAAACUUUGCCAAAGACAUCGAUGUGCUCGUGCCGAAUGUCCAUAUCGGGUCUUACGAUGUGAUCCACACCGAUGAUGCAGUCAUCGACACGACAUUUAAGAGUGAGGUGUCAUUUGAGACAGCGUACAGCGGCGUUUCUACUAAGAAGGUCAUCAUGGAGGAAAGAAAUGUGUACUGUGGCGCUUAUAACGUCAUGGUCGUUUUAAAUGAAGAAGAUGCCCAUCGAGUUAUGCACACUGAUGGUGGUCAGCUGAUAGCCACAGGUUCCGCUGGCCGGAAGGUACACCUCCUUGAUGCUGACACUGGCAAACAGGUUGGUCCAACCAUCACGGGACAUGCAGGCUCAGUAAAGGCAGUCCAUCUGAGCGAGAGGAGAGGCUUUGUGCUAAGUGGAGGUUAUGAUACCAGUAUAAGGUGCUGGGAUAUAAAGACUGGAAAGUGCUUGAAGAUAUUUCGUGGUCACCAGGGUACUGUCCAGUGUCUGUCAUUGUACAAGGAUCUCGUAGUUUCAGGAGCAAAGGACAAUAAUUGUAAAGUUUGGGACCUAAAGACUGGUAAAUGCAUCCGAACAUUCAAGCACAGGCAUCCAGUGACUGCUGUGGCCCUGGGAGCAGAGAUCUGUGUCUCAGGCUCUGAUGAUGGCAAAGUCAAGGUGUGGGACAUGAAGAAUGGACAACUAAUCAAGGUGUUGGGAGGCCACAAUGGUCAAGUGACGGCUGUUAAGUUUGAUAGGUGGCACAUCGUAACUGGCUCUAAAGAUGGCUAUGCACUGAUCUGGAGUGCUAAAGGGAAUCACAAUCGAUGCCUCACUGCCCUCAGACAUCAAAAGGAAGUGCUAUGCCUCGAGUUCAUGCACCUGCGUGUGAUCACCGGUUCAGCAGACGGCAGGAUCCGGAUAUGGAACAUCAUCAACGGGCAGUGUUGUCGCAUCAUGAGAGGGAACAGUCGCAGUGAUCCCGUGUGGUCACUCACGGCGAUUGAGAACAGGAUCACCGUGAAUACUCAGGUCAAUCUCCUUGUGCUGAACUUUGAAGAGGUCGAGUUGGACUACACGUUAGAGAGUGACAAGAUGCCUCCAUUGGUACAUUAUGGAUCUUACUCAGAUGCUCCUGUUCGAAAGCAGCCGUACCCCUACAUCAGAGCCCAGAGGAUGAAGAAGGCAGGAGCAACGAAUACCAAGAUCGUGCGCCACGAUCGUGAAGAUGAUCCACCACCAGGCUCACCAUUGCCACAUCGAUCCAAUCAGAUGCCUCACAGUGCAAAAAGUCUGAGGUCCCAAAAUCUGGAAGCGGCUCGAAUGAUCCAGAGCAGAGCAGGUACAGCACCAGAGAGAAUGAGGCCAGAGACUGCUCAGACACAGAAAGGUGAUGAAGAGAAAGCACUGUCUGCAGUUGGUUCAAAAGCACCCACCAAACCCACCAGAUCUCACCGCAGUUCUAAGCCACCGACAGCAAAGACUCAUGUGUCCAUCUCACAGGCUCCAACACUCUUCGGGGAUGACUCAAGUGCCGCUACCCCCUUUCCUGACAUGAAACGAAGAAUCUCCUGGGCUUUUGAAGAACCCCUAGUGCCGAAAUCCAAAGCACUGUCUCUAUCGGAGACCAAGGCGGUUCUCCGAUCUCAGAUUCGACAGAGGGACACUGCUGUUCCACCCGACUUUAUUUACUUAGCAGUCAAUGCUAUACAGAACACUUUGAAACCAAAUGCUACCAAUGUUAACACAACUAUCAAUAUUCGUGAGGAGAUCCAUGGGACAAACAGAAAUCGUCCAAAUUCAUCUCCGCCAAAAUUUGACCCGAGGGUAAAAAUUCCUGUUGAGGAGAUGAAUCUGGAUGAUCUGAAAUCUGAGAGUGGUAUUAUGUCAGAUAAUGCUACGACUAUAGCGUCAAAGUCAAGUAGUUUUAGAUCUCGCGGCCCUCCUGGCUUACCAAAGGCACCCAGGGUACCUGUGGUUGAAAAUUAUACCACUGGAUUCAUGGUUUCAUCCGUAUCGCCUGUCUCGGGGUAUAAAAGCGUACACCCAAGGACUGUCAAAUCAAGUAUACCAAAAGGUCGGAUUGUACGCCCCCAUACUGCUAGCGUGUGUACCAGAACGAGAGAUGUGGAUGGGAAUAUUGAUCGCAAACCUCGUCCCCAUACGGCUGUGUUGCCGCAUCGAGGAGUCCGGGCAGUUAGCUCCUGUACGGAGCAGAGUAGUGCAAGUGCCCCAGUGAUGAGAAGAAAGGAUUAUCACGGCAAUCAAACCACUGCAACAGAACUCAGCUUUGUCCCAAUGUUGAUGUACCCACCAGAUAUGAUGGAGAAGAUAAGGGCCCGAGCAAAAACAAAAAUUCAACUCGUAAAUCGAUCAAGGAGUGAACCGGCCUUGGGCAAAACCAGUGCUUGUAAUGAUCCAAUGCGAACCCAUGCCGAGUUCAAACUGCGGACAUUCAACCAAGAGAAAGAGUACUUGGCGAGUAUUCAAGAUCUUUAUGCUAAGCAACACCUGGAGAGGGAGGUAAAUGAAGAAAAGCUGAAGAGGAAGAAUUGGUUAAAGAAGGCUAAAGGACGUAAACCUGUGUUAAGUGUGAAGUGAAGAGAGAAGUAAUGAUGUUUUUCGAUGAAACUCCUCAAAUGCUUAUCAAAUGGCAACAGUGCUUGAUUGAAUCAAUCAAAGCUUCAAUUGCAGUUUCAGGGCAUAGAGCGUUAUGGAUGUAUUCCUGACAUAUCAUGAAUUGUGUUGGGCUUGUGUUAACUUGUAAAUAUUUGCAAUGCAUUUCAAUGCAAGGCGGAAGUAGGAUGAUGAAUCUGAUGUCAUCGAUGAGUGCACGUUUGUUAGAAUUAGAGACAGUUGCAUUCCGGUGAUGAGGUUUAUUAAUGGACACUGUUGAGAAGAACAAGACAAUGCCAAACUUCAAUUUGAUGUGCUACCACAGAGCAAUUUCAUGGAUGUGCCUUACGAAAGCUCAUUUGCAUGGUAAAAUUUCAUUGUUGUACCACCAGCUAGUUUGCACGGUGUAGUGAAUGGUUUCCAAAAGAUACACUGUAAACUCCUUUUUCGCUUGAGCCAAAAGCUAAUAACUUAGUGAAAAUUAUCAACCUAGUACAUGUAGUUUUCUCUUUGGAAAAUCCAUUUUUUGCAGGCAUUACAGUUUGUAACAUGUCAAAUCUAAGAAGCCUUCACUAGGCCAGGGCUGCAAAUAUAAGGGAGUUUACAGCUUUUUCUUUAUUUUUGAGAAUGUCAUGCAGGCCUAUUUGUUUUGCUUGCAAAUCUGUGAUACUCUAAACUGCUGUGAUAGUUUUUGAAUGUUUGAAGUUACUGGGGUAGUUGUGGGGUGGGUAAAGUCUGAAACAAUCAUGAGUGCUGAAUCAUAGAUUAUGUGUCAUGAAACAUGUUUUAAUGGCGUGCUGAUUAAUACACUUGAUUGGUGAGGGCUAGGGUUAGUUAUUUACCAGU